GUUAAAACUACUGAAGAAUAGUGUACAUACACUAUUUCAGAUUUAAAGAAUAAUAAUCACUAUUCACCAAUCAAUACGAUGAUUGGGUAAGCUUUCAAGGGUAAAAGGUUGAAAAGGAUGAAAAGUGAACACUUGUCAAGACCACUGUGGCAUUACCAAUGUAUCGAAAAUGUUUGUAAAAAAAUUGAAAUAACGGGCAAUAAUACAACGUCACUACUAUCGUUAAGCGCCUGUCGUAUAAUUUGUGGCAGGGGAAUUAUAUGGCCAGAACCAAGCGACAUAAAUGGUUUUAAUAGUAUCCUGGUCAAUAUAGAUGUCAAAAGAGUACGAUAUUAUGACGCAUAUAGAAAAACUGUCGUAGGUGAUUUUAUCAUGCGCAAAGUAAAUGCUUUCAAAAACUACUUGAGAGGAUUUAAACCAAACAUGUCACGAUUGGUAAGAAGAAGGAAAAUACAGAUUUUUGUACAGGAUCUACAAAGUACCAAUGAUAUGUCACUGACGUUGGAGACUAAAGAAGGUUAUGAAUUGUCAAUAUGGACGUCGGCAUUUUCGGUGGACAUUACAUUGAAAGCUGAUAAUUAUUUCGGUAUCAGAAACGGGUUCGAAACACUAGAGCAGUUGAUUACCUUCAAUGACAUCAGUAAUGAGGUUCAAAUAGUAGGGGGUGCCUGGAUUAGAGAUAGUCCAGCGUAUCCAUACCGCGGAAUAUUAGUGGAUACCAGUCGCAACUACAUAACAAAGUCUGCGAUAAUGAAAACAAUCGAGGCAAUGGGUAUGUCUAAAUUGAAUACACUGCAUUGGCAUAUUACUGAUCAGCAAAGUUUCCCUUACGUCAGUCGCACUUGGCCGAAUAUGACUCGGUAUGGCGCGUACUCGCCUAGCAAAGUCUACACUGCCGCAGACAUAAAGGAAAUUAAAGAAUUCGGGAUUUAUCAUGGGGUCCGGGUCGUUCCUGAACUAGAUGCCCCAGCACACGUGGGUGAAGGCUGGCAGUGGAUUGGCGAUGACGCUCUGAUCUGUUAUCGUGCUGAGCCCUGGACGUCGUACUGCCCAGUGCCACCGUGUGGUCAGCUGAAUCCUAUCAGCAAUAGAGUCUUUGAAAUUCUGGAAGGGCUUUACAAGGAUAUGUUGACAGACUUUGAGCCAGAUGUUUUCCACAUGGGGGGCGAUCAGGUUAAUAAGAAUUGCUGGCAAACCUCGGAAGUUAUCAAGCGAUGGGCCAACACUACUGAGUCAAAGUUGUCGGACGCGGACUUUAUCCAUCUGUGGGCCAGCUUCCAGAAACGGGCUUAUGAGAAGCUGAAGUUGGCUAAUGAUGGCAAAGAUAUUCCGGCUAUUUUGUGGUCAAGUAAUUUGACUAUGAAACAAAAUCUUAAUCAGUUGGAUAAUAAAAAUUAUAUAAUUCAGAAUUGGAUGGGUAAAGAUGACCAUCAGACGAUUAAAGAUCUGUUGGAAAAUGACUUUAGAGUUAUUUUUUCACAUUAUGAUGUACAUUAUCUAGAUUGCGGCUUUGGAUCUCAUGUUGGCUCUGGAAAUAACUGGUGUUCGCCCUACAAUGAUUGGAGAAAAAUUUACGACUAUUCACCAUUGAGAGUCAUCAACAAUCUAAAUUUGCAAUCAAAACGUCAUUUGAUUUUUGGUGGAGAAGCAGUCCUGUGGUCAGAAUCGGUUGACAGUUCUUCCCUGGAUUCACGUCUGUGGCCUCGAGCUGCAGCAUUAGCGGGAAGAUUAUGGACCGAAGCAGAAAAUCGCUUGUCGGAUGUUGAAUCACGAGUAUACUGGCAUCGCGAGCGCUUAGUAGAUCGGGGUAUUUUUGCUGGUCAUUUAGCCCCAGAAUGGUGUCUUCAGAAUCAAGCGUUAUGUCGCUGGCCAUAUGAGGUCAUGGAUGAUUCAAUAUAUUAUUUGAAUGAUUCUAAGUGAUUCGAGCAUUUUCCAAGUAGAAAUCUUAAUAAUAUCAUGAAAAAACAGAGUAUAGGUAUAGUAGGGGAAGGGGCUGGGGCAAAAUGGGGCCCCUAAAAUUUUGAGUAUCGGAUGAUUCGGGAGCGAAACAGAUCCUCAAAUGCAUAGGGGUCAUCUUAUCCUCAUGAGGAGCCCAUUUUGCCUCCCCCCUGCCCCUAUUUUGUUUGACUUGCUCAGGAUUCGAUCUAGAUUUGAUCAAAAUUGCUACGAGAAUUAGCCGUAGGAUUUUAAUUCAACGGGUCGGUUUAUUUUCCGAGAAAUCAAAAGUUUCUAGAAACUGUAUCUCUGAAAAACUGAUACGCAGUCUA